AUGGGAGUCGAACAGAGUGGAAUACCUAACGCACCAGGCAUGGACAACUCGCAUGACAGCCAACAGGCCACCGGCAACACGGUUUUUGAUCGUCCGAAUAACAAAGUGGACUCGGCGAGCUCAGUAUAUCCCUCGGGCUUGAAAUUAGCCCUCAUCUUUUGGGCUUUGUGCCUGACUGUAUUCUUGGUGGCUCUAGAUCAAACUAUCAUUGCUACUGCAAUCCCAACUAUUACCUCCCAGUUCCAUAGCGUCGAAGACAUCGGAUGGUAUGGCAGCAUAUUUCUCCUCACGAACUGCAGUUUCCAGCUCUUUUUUGGCAAGCUCUAUACUUUGUUGUCACUCAAAUGGACCUUUGUUGGCGCCGUAUUAGUUUUCGAGAUUGGCUCAGCCAUUUGCGGUGCGAGUCCUAACUCCGUCUCCCUUAUCAUUGGGCGAGCCAUUGCCGGGAUUGGGGGCGCUGGGAUUUUCUCAGGCGCAUUGAUAAUUAUCGCCAAAUCGGUGCCUCUUUCGAAGAGACCGGCCUUUACUGGAAUAAUCGGCGCAGUGUGGGGUAUAGCAAGUGUGGUUGGUCCCUUGCUAGGGGGAGCUUUUACAACUCAUGUGUCUUGGCGCUGGUGCUUCUACAUCAACCUGCCAAUUGGUGUUAUAACCAUCCCUUUCAUUGUUCUUUUUCUCUCCUCGCAACAGCCAGAAAACAAGGCUAAGCCGCAAGGCUGGGCGACCUACAGCCAAUUCGAUCCCAUCGGGACGAUCGUUUUCGUUGCGUGCAUCAUUUGUCUCUUGAUUGCACUCCAGUGGGGAGGAGCCCAAUACCCCUGGAGUGAUGGCCGCAUGAUCGCGCUGCUGACGGUAUUCGGAGCGCUGAGUAUCGUUUGGGUAGUAACGCAAUGGCGAGGCGGCGAGAAUGCUACAGUACCCCUUCGCAUUCUGCGGCAGCGCACCGUUGUCUGCUCAACGUCUUAUAUUUUUUCUGCCAGCGCAUCGUUUGUCUUACUAAUAUACUAUUUGCCAAUCUGGUUUCAGGCAAUCAAAGGUGAUUCUCCCGACCAGUCCGGCAUCCAUAACCUUCCUACUGUUCUGAGUGUCGUGAUAUUUGCAAUCGCGAGUGGCCUGGGCGUCUCAGCCGUGGGAUAUUACAGCCCGUUUAUGAUUACGGGUUCGAUGAUAAUGGCCGUUGGCGCUGGUCUGUUUCUGCUAUUCAAAAUCGAAACUCCGACGUCGAUGUGGUUUAGUUUCCAAGUCAUCUUCGGCGCAGGUGCUGGCAUUGGAAUGGAGCUUGCGAACAUUGCUGUUCAGACUGUUCUCUCUGACGAGGAUGUCUCCAUCGGGACAUCUUUGGUGGUCUUUGCCCGCUCUCUUGGGGGUGCCAUCUUCGUCUCCGUGGGUCAGAAUAUUUUCAGCAACCGCAUUAUCACUGGAAUGCGCGCCCAAGUUCCUGAGCUAGACCCGUCGAUUGUCCUGCAGUCCGGAGCGACUGACCUUCGCCGCACAGUGAUGCAGGCCGCUUCGGGCCGGACCGGCACUGUAGUUACUCGGGUCUUAGAGAUCUACAACAACGCGAUCGUCCAGACCUUUGUUGUCGCGCUGGCCUUAGCUUGUGUCUCUAUUCUUUGUGUCAUGGGUGUCGAAUGGCGAUCCCUGAAAAGCAGUCCCAAAGAGCUGAAGUCGGAGGAAAGUCCUGGACGCGUGUAA